AUGGCAUUACCCUUCACAAGAACGUUUGAGAACAACAAAAAUCUUGAGGUAAUGAAACAGAUUUAGUCCUUUUUCAGCAAAUAUUCUUUUUUACUUAAGCUAGAGUGGACGAACUUGGACCUGCAAAAAUUAAGCUUGCUUCGUAGCUUGGAAGAAAAAUCGAUUGUCUUUGUAUAGAUAGAUCUACUCCUUCAUAACUCACAAUUGUCAUGAAUUCAGUUUAAUGUUAGUAAACUCUCAGUGUUGUACCUAAGAAGGUGCUAAAAACAAAAUUUGUUCAAGACGCAGUAUAGACAUUUUUGUUUUUGCGUUAAGCUGAAGUGGAUGGAAUUGGAGGAACAAUAACGUUGCUUUAGUAGCUUGUGGGACAAACGGUCAUAAACGUCCGGUGACUGUUCCCAUUGUUCUAUAUGAGAAGAUGGUAGGAACAGAAUCUGACAAAGUGUUCCGGUAAAAACUUGAAUUCAAAAAUUUAUUUCCCCAGUUACAACGCCCGAUUUUCCUGACAUCGACUUAUGAGGAGUAUCAGCAGCCAAACCUUGUAAAUAUCAGUUCUUGUUCAUGAAAAUUUAUCUACUUUAUGUUUUGUUUCAGAACACACCUAAAGUGCCUCACAUUCUCGUGAUCGGUGGCGGAGUAGUUGGGAUAACCAGUGCUUUACAAUUACUAAACAAGGGGUAAGUAACCCUUACAAAAAAAGCAAAUUUGAAAAUAACUACCUUUUAUAACAAGCACUGUCGAGAGGUUCCUUAAUUUUCUUAAGUUUGGUUCUUCCGUUCGAAUUAAAAUAUUUCGAAAAGAUCCGUCAACCACUAAACAUUGAUUUUCAUACGGAUGAAUCAUUGACAUUGCAUCUAUUUCCUUGUUGGAAUACUUACAGAAAAAAAUGGCAAUGAAGAGCGUAACUAAUAUCUUAAACUUCCUUGACGACAAGUUAUUCAGUAGUUUUUGAAAUCAAAACUGACUGAUUUAACUCAAAUCAGCCAUUGUCACAAGUGAACAAAACAAAGUAAUGGAAUUACAAUGUAAUACUGCUAUCAUCUGUUUCACAGAUUAAGAAAAAUCAUUCAAACUUAAAGCAGUGAAAUAAAUCUAUCAAAAUAGGAAAACACUUCCUUCCUCUAACAGAUUCAGUGGUUUUCCGUUGGAUGACUUUGCGGCAAAGGAAAAAAUUCCUUCGUGUUAGGGACCAGAGAAAAACGCUGACUCACCUAACCAUAUUAGGCAUGCGCUUUUUUCAUUGACACGUAAACUUAAAUGUUCAAUAUUAUUUUUCAUACAGUAAUUCUUUGCGCGACCAGACACGUUGUGUGUGAACGCAGUGUUUUCCUUCGGAUGACGAGCGUUGAAAUAAAGUCGUAUUCUUUAUUUGCCUCCAGUUCAAUUACCCCUAUUUCGCAUAACUUGAUUUAUGAUUAUAGUGUGCAUUCAUUCCUCUUAAUUAAAUCAUACCUACUAUUUUUCUUAGGUACAAAGUCACCGUUGUAGCAAAGGAGUUCGCCUCACCAGUCGCUUCUGGUAAAUGCAUCACCUCCGAGAUCGCCGGUGCUUUGUGGGAAUGGCCUCCUGCGGUGUGCGGACGUCACACAGAUGAGAAGUCACUUGAGAGGUCCAAGGUGUGGUGUAUGGACAGUUAUGGAAAGUUCAUGGAAUUGGCUAUGAAACCAAAAGAAACUGGAGCGUACCUCAGGCAAUCGGUCUUCUACUUCAAGGACAUGGUUGAAGACCUUCCAGCACAGUUGGACAAGAUGAACGAACUCUGCCAUUUGCCAGGAUUUCGUCAUGACGAAAAACUCAUCGAAGAAACUGGUAAGAACUCAUCUGGCUCCCUAUCUCCUCUUCGGUGGCAUAUUUGGUGCCGCAGAGAACCUGAGGAAAGGCAAAGAGAGCGCCAGGAAAAGAAAAAGCGUCUUUCCCUUUCUCGCGUGCGCUCAGUUUUAUUAACAUAUUUUUUGUGUUUAAUGCUCAUAAGAGCCUCUUCAAACAAAGGUCCCUCCAUAUCUUACCUUUUAACAACUUCAACGAACCCGUUAUCUUUACGCGCUGUUGCGCUUCACCUCAAUAGCAGUUAAGAAUUUCAAUAGUCUUCUACGUACAUGCAAGUAAAGGUUCGGCGAAAUGGUACAUGUUCUAGACAAAUCCUCAAUAGUUUCGUCUACUGUGUAGUUCCAAAGUAUUCAGUUAGAAUUUAUAAUUCCCUCGUCAAUUAUUCUAUGCAUACAAAUGCUAACUGAUCGCUUACUAUUUUUCUCCUUUAGCGGUGAACACUGACACGGGUGUGGUGGACGCAUACCAGCACAUGGCUCCUAUGGUUGACACAGUUGUAUACAUGCAGUGGCUUUACAAACAGUGUAAAGAUAAGGGCUGUCGCUUUGUACACGAUGAAAUUAAAGGACUGCUGAGAGAUCAAGCAGAAGACUUGAAAAGGAAAUACAAAGCUCAGCUGAUCUUCAACUGCUCUGGACUCAGCGCUAAAGAACUGGUAGGAGACGAAGAUGUUUACCCUCUGAGAGGUAAAUAAUUCUCCCUUUCAUUCUUUGUAUUUACAUACUCAUACAAACCUCUCAUUCCCCUUUCGAAAUUCAACAACGUGACAAACAAACAUCUAUCAUCAAACUUUGAGUAUCACAUUCUAACAGUGGUUUUUGUUGCAAUUUUAGGUUGUAUUCUUAAAGUUAGAAAUGAUGGAAGCUUGAUGCCCAAACUCAACCAUUCCAUGUGCAUCUCGCUGAUCGAGGACAUUGACGAGUCCAAAAAAGACGGACAAAGCUUUGUGUUCAUCCUUCCAAGAGGUGAAGACAAACUGUGGUUGGGUGGCAUGGUACAACCCUACCAAUGGGACAGAAAUCUCACCCUCGAUUAUCCACCAAUCAGAAGAAUGUUUGAGAAAGUGAAAGAGUUCUACCCUCCGCUUCGUAACUAUGGAGACGAAGACGUGGAAGAAGUGUUGGUAGGACUGCGGCCCGCUCGUAAAGGCAACGUUCGUCUGGAGUGGGAUCCUGUGUGUCCGUCGAUUCUGCACAACUAUGGACAUGGAGGCUCAGGUGUGACUUUCUCCUGGGGAUGUGCUAUAGAAGCCAGUGCCAUGGUGGAUCGUGUUCUCAAGAGACCACAGAUUUAUCUGUCAAAGCUUUGAGCAUUUGACGUUGAGUUUUCAAUGUAACCUUUCUUUCUUGAGACUGAACGUUUAACUAGAAAUAAAAGAAACGAGAAAAUGCUGGUUAUAAAGAGAAAUCUAGCAAAUUAACACGUAUUUAUUGACUUUUAUCUCUAUGGCUGAUAUAUCGUAUUAUUGUCAUUGUGAAUUAUUGAAUGCUUUGUAAAUAUAAAAAAGUUGUAUUUGGAAAUUAAUUAUAGCUAUGGUGAUUAUCUAUGUUUGAGAUUUAAUUUAUUGAAUGCUUUGUAAAUAUAAAAUAGUUUUAUCGGUAAAUAUUUAAUAAAAGUUAUAUGAGUUCACUUUGAUUUUGAUCAUUGACCUCAAGACAAGGCAAAAUCCAGGUACGAUUCGUGUGCCAUACACCCAAGCAUGGAUUGAGGACGGCACGAGCUGUGCGUGGUCUCAACCGUACAAGUUGUACUGACGGGUCUGCUUCAGUUUAGAGUCUUUGAAGCCAUCAAUGGCUGAGGGUCUGGGCCCGGUUGCACAAAACCUACACUUAAGUGCCCACUUAAGUAGGUCACUUACGAAUCCGUUAUGGGUACACUUACCGGUGUUGCAUGGAACGCACUUAGCACUCUCGUAAGUUACUGUUUUACGUGGUAACUUACGGGCUCACUUAAAGGCACACGUAACCUUGAUAUAGUACUUUAUUAAUGACUCACUCUUUUUUUUUUAAGCUAACCAUCGUUGAGUGUAAAGAAAGUUUUAAGUCGUUUCGAACACUUUAAAGACUCUCAAAAAAAUGAAAUUUACAUGCAGACGUUAUUUUUCUUCAAUAUCUACUGAAAAUGAUAGUUCUUCUUCUUUUCUCACAACGCCGGCUUUAAAGUGUACGAAUAACGUGAAGAAAAAUACUUUUUUUUCUUUUCUCAGUAAAAGAUCUCGUUAAGCUAGUAAAAACAGUAACGAUACGGGACCUACAUAAGUCCCGUAAAUUUACGUAAAUUUAUUUUUCUCGUAAAAAAGGUUUUAUGCAACACCCGCAAUUUCAGUUGCAUAAACGACACUUAAGUCGCUCUGUUAACCGCUGUUGUACACUUUAAAGCCGACGUUGUGAAAAAAGAAGGAGAACUAUCAUUUUCAGUAGAUCAAAAGACAGAAUAAGUCACCAUAUUAAGUACUUUAGUAAACCCGACCUUAACUACCGAAUCAACAUAAGCAAACCACAGACGAACAAAAUGCUGCUUGUGUACGUACGGGAUCUGAGAGAGCCUGAAAUCAGGCAAUCAUAAACGAAGAAGCAAGGCUAUUAUUACGCAGAAAUUAGCUUCAAUUGCUGAACAAGCAACCUGGCGAAGACAUAUUUCUCUGCCGACGUGUACCAAGGGUACGGGGACUUUGGGGUAUCUUAACUGCAUUUUUUUUGCCAUCUUGCUCAUGCCGUACUGAAGAACUCCAAGGGGAGCAGAUCAGCUGCGCGGAUACAGCCCACGGCGGUAACCUUGCUUUGCUAAGGCUUCAUCGUUGAAGGAGAUUGCCCCAGCUUUCUAUGACUGCAACGUUGUUCUCUUAAUGCUCUAUUGGUGUCGUGAUUAUGUAUUACACUCUUUUUUUAUAAGAAUUUUGUUUUUCCGGCCAGGCUGAAUAUUUUUUUUCACCGAUUCUGGCUAAAAAUACUCUUGCAUCAUUCUUAAAUUAUAGCUUAUGACUUUUCCGUUUUAAAAUAUAUUGGAGUAUUAAUUGCAGUUUAAGCAGGUUUUUUCGUGUUGGUAACUAAUUUUGCUGUUAAGAGAAAACAUUAUUCAAGAGAGAAUGAGCUUAGCUAAGCUCAUUCUCUCUUGCAUCAUUGUAUUGUAUUGACAGAUUUUCAACACACAAAAUCUCAGCCUUGAGUUUAUUCUUAUUAUUUUCUUAAAAUUUCGCAAAUAUCAGCCUUUAUAUUCUCAUUUAAUAUAUUCUUGUAUAUAUAAAGAAAGAGUCUACCAACUGGUUCAACUCUUAGUCGUUAUUCAACCAGCAGCACCUGUUAGAGACUCUUUAAUUUAGCUCAGUACUAUUUUGAUCGUACAGUUGACUCAAUGACAGUCACCUAAUUUUCCCUAGUUGCGAUUUCAGGCACUGAAACAUGGAGAAUUCAUUAAAACGGUCUGUUAAUUAUAAGCUACGAUUAGUCCCUCAUUUUCCUCUGGGGUAUUUGACCCCAGUGGCGCCGAUUUUUACGCGUGGUUGCGUAUUUUGCUCGCUUUACUCAGUAUGAAACCCUAAAGAAAAUGAGCGUCCUGUAGUCAAGUUAAGCUCUCGAUUCAACUUUAAAUAAAACAGAUGCAUAUGAGACUGCAACUUUUCAGUGACACCUGUUUUAAGCGGACAUCCGAGGAUUCCCUUUUGGAAUGCGCUAAUACAGGUUUGGAUAGAGAAAGUAAAAUGAGAUAUCAGAUACCAUUCCAAACAAUAGUGGAAACGUGGAAUACUCCAAAGACUAUGACCGGAUAUACGUUUGAAUUAAUUUAUUAGAAGUGGACAAAUUGACUAAAAGACUUUAAACGAACAUUGCACCUCAUAUUUUUUAAGAGAUCAAAUGAGUAAAACAAGCUAUAUACAAACAAAACAAAAUGAGAGAUCAGUACUCUAAAACUGACCUGCGGGUUAAUGAAGGCUGCGAGUACGUGUUGCAAGCUGAUCGAGUUCCUUGUAAAUGGGUUAAAAGAUAAACUUCCUGUACCUGUAUGCAUAACCGGUUUCUUUUUUUCUUGCACAUUCAACAAUGUUGACGCCAAUUAAAACAUCUUUUGAGAAGUCUCGUUUUUGAUUGAAAAAUCAAACAUUGUGUGGGCGGAGAUCUUUAGUAUUUCUAGUGCCCGGCGUGUCAAAUGGUGGAAUAUAAUAAGUGUCAGUUUGAUGCAGAUUUGUUACAUAGAAAUGACCACUUUAUCCACUUUUUAGGUGUCCUCGUCCGAUUAACAGAGUUGUCCGCUUAACAAGGGUUUCAUUAACAGUAAAGAUAAGGGAAAUAAAUUUGGCGAUUUUGGCUACUGUCCUCUUAAUAGAGGGUGUCCGCUUAAUACAGAUUUCACUGUACGUGAAAUAGUUACAUUGGGCGUUUCCUGUUCCCUUGCCAAGUCACGAAAACUUGCGGAAAUAAAAUAACAUUGACAAAGAAACGUGUAGUUCAAAAAUCUUUCUUAGACUUUUGCUAACUCCGGUAUAAGGCGAUAAUGCAACAAUGAAAGGCGCAUAGAGUCGUCUGCAGUAUUUUACUAUUAUUCCGUACCAUUUGAAUUGUACCGACUUUCCUUUUUUCAUUAAAUUCCCAGAAGAAGUAGCCUUCCCGCAAACGUUCUUUGGCCGGUUUGUUCGUCACGGAUUCAUUUCUCCUCCACGGACGGCUUUGUUUAGCAGACGUCCGUGGGGGAGAAAUGAAUGCGUGACGAACGAACCGGCCAAAGAACGUGUCUGCGAGGAGGCUACCGAAGAAGAACGGCUUGUCGGUGCGAAAUAUCGGGAAACCACAAAUCACUUUCGUCUUUGCUGUUUUGUUAAUCUAAAUAUUUGAAAUUAUGAUCCAGUCUUUUGUAGACCAUUAAACGCCUACCCAGUUUUCACAGUUUAUCCUGACUUUUCGCAUUUACACCUCACGCCUUUUUUCCUUAUCAACAAAGAAUUUUCUCCUUUUUACACGUAUGAGAGACACAGUGAUCUGUUUCUUUCACAAAAUGUGCUUACUAACUUUUGCUGCCUCCAAAUUUAGUACAAACUUACCUGAGGCCUGUGCAAAGGGUAGUGUUUUAGUUUUCGUGAUUGAUUUGGUUGAAACUUGUUGAUUGAACAUGUUUUGUUAGUAUGAGUGAAUCUCUGGGGCCUUAAAAUAUAAAUUUUAGGCUCCUGGACAUAAAGAAAAGAUCUUAGAUUUUUUUAUGCUGUUUGGUUCCAUAUAACUUGAGUCUUUUUUUAAAAUACUUCUUAUCAAGAAAAUUUUUUGGAUAUUUUAAAGUGUGUGUUGAAAUUGUCACGAUUACAAUUUGCCGAUUUCCUAGUCUGACGUGACGUCAAAAACACUCAUCGUCGUUAAUCACGCGUUAAGUAAAAUGCUAAUAAGUUCAAGAGAGUUCAAUUAAAAGUUCACUCUCUGUUUUUAUCUAAUUGUUAAAAAAAUCAAACAAGAACUCUCGUGUAUUUUUAACUUUUGUAUGUUUUCAUUUUUUUGCAAAUUAGGUUUUGAUCAAAGAAGGUGACAAGGUGCACAAGUCACGUAAUUUGCGCAGAAGCGGAACAGAUGCUUCUCGAAUUAACUCAUCAGUUACGCAGGCCACAAGAUAAAAGGGUAAAGGCAAACUUGAAUUAUGGUUUCUAGUUAGGUCCUUGGAAAUCUUAAAAGACAAAUGAAUAUUGAUAGGACAUUCUGAAAUGGAGUUAUUCCUUCUUAAAGUUGAAUGAUGUGGCUUUUUAUAAAAUGGAAUGAGAUGUGUAUGCUUAAUUAUCGGAAUAAAUGUUUCCAUGGUAACAAAGUUAUAUCGGCUGGUCUAUAGAUCAUCUCAUAAAACACUCGUGGCUACUUUGAAUGUGACUGGACGUACUGCAUUGUCAUGGCCCGCCCUAGAUGUGAGCCGGACGUUUCACCUCUGACGUCACUUUGACACCACACAACGUUAAACGAUUGCCUAUAAAAUGGGAUCAUAUUGGAUAUACAGCAUAAACCAGCUUCAGGACUCAAGAAAGAAGAAAAUCAAAGUGAGCUGAAGAGAACAGGCUCUAAAAAUGGCAUUGCCCUUUACGGGAACGUUUGAGAACAACAAAAAUCUAGAGGUAACAAGAAGAAUUUUUCUUUUAAAAUAAAAUUUUAUUAUUUUUGCCUUAAGCUAGAGUGGACGAAAUUGGACGUGCAAAACUCAAGAUUGUUUGUUAGCUUGGCACAAAAAGCGGGUGUCUUUCUGUAGAUCUACUCUUUCAUAACGCAUAGUUGUGAAGUUCAGUUCAAUGCUAUUAUAUACGCUCUCAGUGUUAUACAUAAGAACGUGCUAAGAACAAAAUCUGCCCAAGACGCGGUACAAGCAUUGUUUUAAUGUUGGAUGGAAUUGGAGGAACACAAACGCUUUUCUCGGUAGCUUGGGACAUACGCCCGGUCACUCUGUAUCUCCUAUUUCCUAAAACAACAACAACAAAAAAAACAAGUGGGAUAAAUUCAUUCAAUGCGAUUUUAUAAUAAUUUCUCAAUGAUAUAUAUAAAAAGAUGCUAGGAAAAGAAUCUGACCAAGACCCGAUAAAAAACAUUUUAUUUCCAGCUACAGGGCCCGUUAUUACCCUGACUUAUCAACGGUUAUGUAUAUCAUCAGCUCAACCCAGUGAAUACUCUUUCAGUGUUCUUGAAAAUUUACGUUUUUAAUAUUUUGUUUCAGAACACACCUAAAGUGCCUCACAUUCUCGUGAUCGGUGGCGGAGUAGUUGGGAUAACCAGUGCUUUACAAUUACUAAACAAGGGGUAAGUAACCGCUAAACACAACCCGCAAAAGUUGAAAAUAACCACCUUUUCUAAUAAACACUGUCAAGAGCCGCUUCCUAAAUUUUCUUAACUAGUUUAAACUAGUUCUUCCGUCCGUUCGGAUAAAAAAUGUUUCGAAAAGAUCCGGCGUUAACUCACAUUUAAGUUUAUUUUAAUACGGAUGAAUCGAUUGACAUGGUAUUUAUUUCCUUGUUGGAAUACAGGCAGAGAGUAAUGAGAGCGUGACUAAUAUUUCAAAACUUCCUUGACGAUAAGUUAGUCGGCGGUUUUUGAAACAGACUGUAAUUUUACUUAAUCUAAUCUUACAACAACAACCUAAAAUUUUUUAAAAAUACAGUGUAAUACUGCGUAUCGGUCUGCUAUCUGUUUUACACACAGGUUAAGUAAAAUCAUUCUAACGAAAAGCGGUUAGAUAAAUCUAUAAGAAUAGAAUAACACUUCAUUCCUCUCACAGACAUAGAGAUUUUCCAUUCAUUGGGCUUUGUUAGCAAAAGGAAAAAAUCUUGCAUGUAAUGGACUAAAGAAAAACGUUGACUCACCUGUCUUUAUUAGGCAUACGUUAAUUUUCCUUGACACGUAACUUAAAAUGCUCAAUAUUACUUUUCAUACAGUCACUUGUGCCGCAGCCGGACACUUUCCGUGUGAACGUCAUGUUUUCUUUCCGGUGGCGAGCGUAGAAAUAGAGUCGUAUUCUUUAGUUGCCUCCCUAUUUCGCCUAGUAAUUUUAUUGUUGAUUAUAGUGUGUAUUCAUCCAUAUUAAUCAAAUAUACCUCUUAUUUUUCUUAGGUACAAAGUCACAGUUGUAGCAAAGGAGUUCGCCUCACCAGUCGCUUCGGGUAAAUGCAUCACCUCCGAGAUCGCCGGUGCUUUGUGGGAAUGGCCUCCUGCGGUGUGCGGACGUCACACAGAUGAGAAGUCACUUGAGAGGUCCAAGGUGUGGUGUAUGGACAGUUAUGGAAAGUUCAUGGAAUUGGCUAUGAAACCAAAAGAAACUGGAGCGUACCUCAGGCAAUCGGUCUUCUACUUCAAGGACAUGGUUGAAGACCUUCCAGCACAGUUGGACAAGAUGAACGAACUCUGCCAUUUGCCAGGAUUUCGUCAUGACCAAAAACUCAUCGAGGAAACUGGUAAGGGUUUGUAUGGCACCCUAUCUAACGUGCGCUCAUUUUGUUAAUAUUUUUGUUUGAUACUCAUAAGAGCUGCCUCUCCGAACAAAAGUGCCUUCAUAUCUUACCUUUUAACAACUUCAACGCGUCAUUUAUUUGUACGCUGUGUUUCGCUUCACCUCUAUGUUCUCAUACGGACCUUUUGACUAAAAAGACCCCGACACGCGGGGUACUGACUUAUGGUUUUUUUUUUUCCACUAAAGGUUCAGUGGAAUGAUGUAUGUUCCAAAUCCUUUAUAGCUUCGUCUAGCGUGUAGUUCCAAAAUAUUCAGUUAGAAUUUAGAAUUCCCUUGCAGUUAUUCUAUUCAUAUAGAUGCAAACUGAUCACUAACUAUUUCGGUCUCUCCUUUAGCGGUGAACACUGACACGGGUGUGGUGGACGCAUACCAGCACAUGGCUCCUAUGGUUGACACAGUUGUAUACAUGCAGUGGCUUUACAAACAGUGUAAAGAUAAGGGCUGUCGCUUUGUACACGAUGAAAUUAAAGGACUGCUGAGAGAUCAAGCAGAAGACUUGAAAAGGAAAUACAAAGCUCAGCUGAUCUUCAACUGCUCUGGACUCAGCGCUAAAGAACUGGCAGGAGACGAAGAUGUUUACUCUCUGAGAGGUAAAUAAUUCUCCCUUUUAAUUUAUUGUAUUUUGUAAUAUAAACAUCUCAUUUCCCUCUUACUCCCAAACACACGUUUCAUCUAAAUUCAAGCAGUGAUCGCAUUCUAACAGGAUCGUUUUUAUUGGCAUCUCAGGUUGUAUUCUUAAAGUUAGAAAUGAUGGAAGCUUGAUGCCCAAACUCAACCAUUCCAUGUGCAUCUCGCUGAUCGAGGACAUUGACGAGUCCAAAAAAGACGGACAAAGCUCUGUGUUCAUCCUUCCAAGAGGUGAAGACAAACUGUGGUUGGGUGGCAUGGUACAACCCUACCAAUGGGACAGAAAUCUCACGCUCGAUUAUCCACCAAUCAGAAGAAUGUUUGAGAAAGUGAAAGAGUUCUACCCUCCACUUCGUAACUAUGGAGACGAAGACGUGGAAGAAGUGUUGGUAGGACUGCGGCCCGCUCGUAAAGGCAACGUUCGUCUGGAGUGGGAUCCUGUGUGUCCGUCGAUUCUGCACAACUAUGGACACGGAGGCUCGGGUGUGACGUUCUCCUGGGGAUGUGCUAUAGAAGCCAGUGCCAUGGUGGAUCGUGUUCUCAAGAGACCACAGAUUUAUCUGUCAAAACUUUGA